UACUAAUGAAUAAUGAUGAUUUCUUACCCCUCCCUGUAAUGACCCAAUGUCUAUAAGGAGUUAAUUGUAAUAUAGUAUAGCGUGGGUAUCAAUUUGUAAUUAGUAUGUCAUAUAAAUAGGGCUGUGUUGUAACGAGAAAGGUAUCGAAUAACAGAAAUCAGUUUGUCAAUCUUCUUCUUCCUAUACUCUGCCUUCUCCCUUCUUCUCCUGCUUCUGUUCUCCCUCUUCUUCUCAAUCUCUCUUCCUUCUCUUAUAAUUCUCCUUCUGAUUCUCCAAUUGAGAUCUCCAUUCCAUUCCUUUGAUCGAUUAACUCGCUGAGAAGAUCCAGUUCCGACUCCGACUGCUACAAAUUGGUAUCAGAGCCUCUUCUUGGCAAAAUGACAACGAUCAUCACGACAUUGGACGGUAUGGCAGACCGACUGGAGCGCCGCUUCGAUCGUUUGGACGAAUUACUUGACCAAGUCUUCUUGCGUUUGCCGGAGCCGCGCCGACCUAGAUUUGCGGCCGUGGUUUCCGUCGCCGGGGAGCAGUUACCUUACCACAAUUAUGCUCAGGCAGACCAUCCGCCAUCUGUUCGCCGCAAUGCCGAGCUGAAGAGUUCUACAGCGACGACUCUUACCACCUCCAUGUUUUCGCCUUCCGCCAAUCCGGCUCACACCGCAGGCGCCAUUCACCGUCACACUUACGGUAACUUUCCCUUUGCUGAAUUCCCCUCCUUCAAUGGCGAUAAUCCUAGAGUUUGGAUUAGGAAGUGUGAGGACUUGUUUGCUGAGUAUGGAAUUCCAGACAAAGAGAAGGUUAGAAUAGCUGCGGAUUAUUUGGAAUAUCGUCCAGAUAUUUGGUUCGAAGGAUGGAGGUAUGGUCGUAGGGAAUGGGUGUGGGAAGAAUUUGCCGAUGCCCUAUGGAAGCGUUUUGGAUGGGUCAAUGCUGGUGGUUUUGCACUUGCUCCUUCACAGCAUCUUGAUGAUCACUCAAUUGAGUUAGAGGUUACAGAAGCAUCUAAACUCUCUCAUUCCCUAUUGCCAGCUGCUGAAUUUUCUACCCCUGAACCUGCAAUCUCAAAGGAGGUAGAGGUUAUCAAGGUUACUGGAAGUGGAAGUGAGCAGGUAGACCACAAGAAUAACCUACAGUCACCAGAAGAAGCUGUGAUAGUUCAUAUGGUAUCCACUUCAAAGUCUAAACCUCUUCCUCGUCCAGCCUUUCUUGUUGGGGAUAGAUUAAUGGUGACUGAUGAAUCUCAGGCAAUGGAUGUACUCACCACAAGCACUCAGUUUGGGAAAGUGGUAUCGAAGCAAGCUUGGCCGAGUGAUGCUAGUACAACCUUCCGGGUGGUUAAGAGACAUCAGCAAAAGGCUAGUUGUUUGGUGUUUCCUGUGUCAAGGGGGUUGCAACAUUAUGACUUCCCUAUUGAAGUGGCAGACACUUUUAACUUGAGAAGAGAUUAUGGGUAUCAGAUUUAUCCCACCUACUAUGGUGUUGGAGUUAUUUCUCAUGUCAGUAGUAGUGAUCCAGAUUUUUGUGAAGCAUAUAAAGCUGCUUUUCCGAACUCACAACUUACUACUGCAAAUGCUCGGAAUGGAACUAUGGUGGCUCCACCAUUCCCCUUCGUAUUGACGGAAGAUGGUGAAGAUUUAAGUGCAGCAGACAAUGUAAAACUUGAAGAUCAAAAAGCUGCUUCUUUGCUUGGAAUUGCAGACACCUAUAUUAAGUUGUUUGACCCGGGUGGAGCUGGGUUACCAAGUGAUUUCAUUGCUACUGGAUCACCUCGCAAGCUGUACAUCUCAUGUGAUUUUGAGGUUGACGACAACUACUGUUAUGCCGUGGUAUCUAAGGGCAGGGGUGAUUGUCCCAAUUUUAAAGGACCAUAUAAGGAUAUUCUUGCAAGCCAAGCUGUUCUCAGGGACAGGUUUAGUUGGGUGUCUAUAGAAGCUUUGGAUUUCAAUGGCUGUAGUGGAAGUAAUUUGAGGGUUGUUCAGCAUUGUGAUGUUGUGACGAGUGUUCUUUUGGUGUGCUGCGAAAUGGUGGGCAUGAUGACUGAUGUGAAGACUUGGUAUAAUGUUUCCAAGGUGGCUGCGGUAGUAUUGAAGAAGGUGGUUGGAGUUCAUGACUAUGGUAGAGAACUCAAUUCUCCUGUCAGGAUUAUGUGGCCUGAAGUAUUCAUUUGUGCUUUUGUUCAAGACUGCAGACUGGUUCAAAAUGUUGGAGAGUUUGUUGCCACCGGUCCGGUAGUCUCUUGUUCUGGAUUCAAUAAAGGUUUUAACCGUGGAAAGGUGUCGACUAUUGUAAUCCUUGAAGGGCUGAGACUUACUACAAAUGUUGCUAUGAGAAGAGCUCCUUCGGUAGUGUAUCAAUUUCAGUUGUUUUCUGAUCUUGCUUCUGAGUUCUGUGUGCAUGAAGUUCUUUCUCAUGGAAGGGGAUUGCCCGAGUUUAAAGAACCCAGCAAAGAUGGAGUAGAGGACAUCAACGAUGAAGAAAUUCUUGACCGGGAAUCUGUAAGAUCUUGGGGGUUGUAUGGCAGCAGUAGUUCCAAGCCUCUCAAGGAGGAUUGUGGGACUGUGAUGAUGUUGUUUGCUACUGGUAAUGGUGGGUUGUCAGGUCAGGAGUGUUAUGUGAUUUUCUCGCACGGAAGGGGCAUUGAUCCUGACUUUAGAGAGCCAUAUAAGGAGCUUAUCACUACUGGGGAAGGGAUUAUGGAUUGGUGGUGAUUCAUGAAACCAAUACAACUUGGUAGCCAUCCAAACGCAAGAAUCGACAGUUGCAGCUCAUUUCCUUUUGUUUGUAGCAUUUCAUUGUUGGCUUGUUCAUUGUUUUGAUUGUUUCAGCCUUGAGGACAAGGCUAUUCUCAAGGGGUUGGGAUUUGUAAUGACCCAAUGUCUAUAAGGAGUUAAUUGUAAUAUAGUAUAGUGUGGGUAUCAAUUUGUAAUUAGUAUGUCAUAUAAAUAGGGUUGUGUUGUAACGAGAAAGGUAUCGAAUAACAGAAAUCAGUUUGUCAAUCUUCUUCUUCCUAUACUCUGCCUUCUCCCUUCUUCUCCUGCUUCUGUUCUCCCUCUUCUUCUCAAUCUCUCUUCCUUCUCCUAUAAUUCUCCUUCUGAUUCUCCAAUUGAGAUCUCCAUUCCAUUCCUUUGAUCGAUUAACUCGCUGAGAAGAUCCAGUUCCGACUCCGACUGCUACACUCCCCUAUGGAUUUAAUUACGUUCGAAUUAAUUAGUAUUUAAAUAAGGAGGAAGUAAUUACAUUAAAAACAAAAUUAAAGCAGUCAAAACCUAUGAAAUUUGAAAGGGCGAUAAUGGAGGGUUUAUACGGCUCAAGAUAGGGUGCAUAACUUUAAGAUGUAUAAUUAUGAGUAACUAAAUCAGGGCCCUUCUUUUUUAAGUGGCGGCAGAUCUAAAAGUGGAGAAUUAAAGAAAUUUAUUUUCUGUAGUUUUCUUGAUUGGAUCAUAUCUUUUUCAUUGUAACUCGGAUUUCAAAAUUUUUUUUUUGCAAAGAUGGAACGAGUUCGUUGUGCUCUACAAAAUUAUAUCAAUUUUCAAUAUUUUUUGAGAAAAAAAAUUUCAUACCUCUCGUUACCAAUUCCAUACCAUAUGGUAUCUCCUUCAUUUUUUAGUCGUUUUCAGAAAUUUUUGCAUAGAAGAAACGAUUUAAUCAUGAUAUAUUAAAUUUUAAAAAUUUAUGGGUGAAAAAAUUUCAUACCUCUUGUUACCAACUCCAUACUAUACCACUCUAGUAUUGGGUGGUAUUUUUCGUUCCAUAUGGUAUGCUCUUAUCUAAUACUAGUCAAUACCAUAUGGUAUAGACUGGUAAUAACUGACAAAAUUUUUUGUUCCAAAAAAUAUCAAAGUGGAUAUCAUUUUGAAAAGCACAAUUAAUCUGAUCUAACUGUGCAAAAAAUUUUAAAUUCUGACAUAAAACGAGUGAGAAAUCAUCCGUUAAAGAUUAAGAGAAGGAAAAUUAAAGCUUUUUCGAUGAGAAAGAAGGAGGCGUUGAUGUGCCGGAUUCUUAUUGGGUUAUGCAUAGGGUUAUUGCACCGCGAGGUUACUGACUGGAUCUGCUCCCGGUUUAUACGACUCCAAAUAAAGUGCAUAACCUAUGGUUAUGAACAAAUCAGUAACUAAAUCUAGAUCUUUGUUUUUAAGUAGGCCCAGAAAAUCCAGAUCUAAUAGUGGAGAAUUAAAGUGAUUUUAUUUUUCCCUUGUUUUCUUAAUUGGUUCAUAUAAUUUCGUUUUAACUCGGAUUUCAAUUUUUUUUUGCACAGAUGGAACGAGUUCGUUGUAGUCUACAAAAUGAGAUCCAUUUUCAAUAUUUUUUGAGGAAAAAAUUGCAUGCCUCUCGUUACCAACUGCAUUUCAUAUGGUAUCUUUUUCGUUUUUAAGUCGUUUUUUAAAAAUUUUGCACAGAAGGAACGAGUUCAUCAUGAUCUAUUGGAUCUAAGGUGGUAGAGUGAUGUUAUAGAUGAGUCAUUUAUGCAUGAUAAAAUUAAGUCGUAAUAUGCAUAAUGCUAUUCGAGAUUCACUCUCUUGUACGAUAACUUAUCUUUACUUUUAUGCAUCUAUAAAUUGAAAUAAAAAAAACUUAAACGACUUUACUCUUCUUGUUUUACUUUUCCUUGCUUGUUAGUUGUUACUCGAAUAAAAACCCCUAAGUAGUCCCUCUUAUUUUGUAUGUCCUAUAUGGUGGGUUGUGAGUAGUUAUGCAUUAGAAGACCUGUGGAAUACGAUCCUAGGGCGUCCUAUGCUUUUAACUUCGAAACUGAGCAACUUACAUCAACAUGCUACUCUAUGAUGUUACGAGGGGGUCAUUAACAUACUCCCUGGUGUGAUGAGGGGGUGAUCAUUCGUAUAGGCCCCUUAGUGUGAUGGGGGUGAUCAUUAGUGAUACCCCUAGUGUGGAAGGAAGUGAUCACGUGGACCAAGAUAAUAAGACUAUAAGAGGGGUCUCCAUGUCUCGACGCUACCCCUAAUAUAAUAAAGCGAGAUGAAAAUUGAUUAAGUAUGGAGUAGCCUUCAUAGUGUGAUGAGGGGUGAUCAUCAAUAUACUCCCUAAUGUGAUGGGGGCGGUCAUCACGUGGAAUAAGAUUAUGAGGGGUCUCCAUGUCUGAACACUAUUACCCAAGUAGUCAUGUUGAUCUGGCGACGAGCAAGGCUUGUCGAUCUCUGAGUGGGAUAUGGUCGAAAAGGGGUUAAGGAAGGAAACUCGGUGAUGACUCGCUAUAGGUACUAACUCAGACGUCUACUAUGUACUUCACUCAUAAGGAAAUAAGUCGGACUUGAUUUCGACUCGAUGACUGGUACGAUGACAUUUCUCUCACUAACAUUGUUGACCAAAUAAAAUAAUGAUUUAUUUUUUAAUGGCCACGUCACUUUUUAAUUGUCAACAUUACUAUUGACUGUCAUAUAUAGAGUAAAUUUAACACAAGUAAAAAGUGAGUAACCAAAGAUAAAAUGAAAAUUUAAAGUUGAU